AUGCGGGAAGCUAGGCUUAGAUGGUUUGGACAUGUGAAAAGGAGAAACAGAGAUGCCCCGGUAAGGAGGUGUGAGAGGUUGGCUGGAGGGGUUGAGAAAAGAUAUGGUGCUGGAGAAAUGGUUGGAAUAUUGGCCAGACAGAGGCUGUGCUGCCAGAAUGGUCACGGGGAAAGAGACGCGAUGCCACUUGAAAAGUUACAAAAUAGUCAUAGUGCCACAGGAAGGAGUACUGGAAAAGAGGCAUGGUACCUUGGAACGAUUAUUAGAACUGGGCAUGGUGCUGUUGGAAUGAGCACUAAAAUAGGAGAGAUACUACUGAAUGAUCAUCGAAAUGAUGCUAAGAACAGUAAAAUUAUGAAAAGUGAAACACUUGUUCAGGUGGGCGGCAUAGGGCCGACCUUCAAUAUUUGGAAGUUGAUUUCUGCCAAGAUCAUAGAGGUUCUGACACCAAGUCAAAAAUACGAAAAAGAAGAGAUAUGCUGUGGAUUGUAUCUGUGUGGCGGAGCCACUUGCAUAAUCUAUUGUGCUAUACCGGUUUUUCUUGUGCUUUCCUCUCAUGGAACUCAAUACUCCAUAAUGUUUCUAGUGAUUGCUGCUACAGUCUGUCAAAAGGAAAAUCUAUGUGUCUUGGCAUGUGAUGACUCCGAGGAGGUGUCUUCAGCUUCACAGUUGUUCUUUGGGUAUCUGCUCACGUCACAUGGAAAGCGUCAAGUAAAAGAUGAUGUUAGAGAGGUUUUUAACAGGCUUGUUAAAAAGCUUCCAAAAGUGGUCCUUGGAGCUGAUGAAUCAUAUGCAAUUGCACAUGCCCAGAAGCUACUCGUACUGAUCUAUUUUUCAGGGCCUCGGCUCGUGGCAGACUACCUCCUUCAGUCUCCUGUGAGAUCUGCUCAAUUCUUGGAUGUUUUAGCCCUCUGUCUGAGUCAAAAUUCAGUUUUUGCUGGUUCCCUUGAGAAGAAUGUUGUAGCAAAGCCUUCCUCAUCAGGGUUCAUGCAUUCCCUAGCAGAGAUAAGAGCUAUUAGAGCUGCUGGCUUUGACAAUCUGGGAAGUAGAGAAAAUCAAAAUAGAAGAGUACAUGCCACAGAAAGUGUAAAGAAUGAGCAUCAGCUGCCGCGCAUGCCACCUUGGUUUGUUUAUGUUGGCAGUCAGAAGCUGUACCGUUGUCUAGCGGGGAUCCUUCGACUUGUAGGUUUAUCUUUAUUUGCAGAUUCUCGAACUGAAGGGUCUCUCUCUGUUAUCAUUGACCUUCCAUUGGAGAACCUGCGGAAAUUGAUUUCUGAAAUACGGAUGAAGGAAUACAGUGAAGAGAGCUGGCAAUCUUGGUACAACAGGAUUACUUCAGGACAAUUAGUACGACAGGCCAGUACAGCUGUGUGUGUCCUGAAUGAGUUGAUAUUUGGUUUGUCAGAUCAAGCAAUUGAUGACUUUACCAGAAUGUUUAGAGCAUAUGUAAUGGCACCACAAGAAAAUAAGAAAUGUCAAGAAGAUGAGAGUCAACAUUGCAAAAUUGAACAAUCUGCGCCAGAGGGAUCUAUUUGGAAGAUUUGCCAAGUUAAGGGAGAAAGGAAUCAUUUAGUUGACUGCAUUGGCAGCAUAUUACAUGAAUACCUAUCCCCUGAAAUAUGGAGUCUGCCCGUUGAACAUACGGCUGCUUUACAACAAUCUGAUUGUGAGGAUACGAACAUUAGCUCACAUUUCUUUAAUGACAACGUGAUGCUGCACCAGGUUAUUAUUGAUGGAAUUGGCAUCUUUUCUAUGUGCCUUGGGGAAGAUUUUUCUUCGUCCGGAUUUCUUCAUACAUCUCUUUAUAUGUUGCUUCACAAUCUUAGUUGCUCUCACUUCCAAAUCAGAAGUGCAUCUGAUGCUGUAUUACGCAUUGUUGCUGCUAUGCAUGACUAUCCAACAGUUGGACACUUGGUUAUAGCAAAUUCAGAUUAUAUAAUUGAUUCAAUAUGCAGGCAGCUGCGCUCUCUAGAGCUUAACCCUGAUGUACCAAAUGUACUUGCUGCCAUGCUUUCGUACAUAGGAGUGGCGCACAGUAUAUUUCCUCUGUUGGAGGAGCCAAUGCGUGCUGUUUCCAUGGAGCUUGAAAUUCUUGGCAGGCAUCAAAACCCUGGCUUGACCAUUCCCUUCUUGAAGGCAAUGGCAGAAAUAGUUAAGGCAUCAAAGCAUGAGGCUAGUGCUCUGGUGGAUCAAGCAAAGUCAUAUUAUGAGGAUGUGGAAUCUAGAAAGCUGAACCUGCAGAAGGGGACAGAAAAGAUUUUUGAUGAUUCAGGUUCAUAUAAUGAUGACAAAGUUGGCAAGAAGUCGUCUGAAUCUGGGAUGCGGAUCUACGCCAAUGAUGUUCAUACGCAAAUGGAGUGGGAGACUAUGCUGUUCAAAAUGAGUGACUUCAGAAGGUUUAGACGAACAGUUGGAUCUAUUGCAGGUUCAUGUUUAACCGCUGCAACUCCAUUACUUGCUUCAGCAAAACAAGCAGCAUCCCUGGUAGCACUUGAUAUAGUUGAUGAUGGAUUUUUGACAGUUGCCAACGUGGAGGAUGCCUACAAGCAUGAGAAGGAAAUCAAAGAGGCAAUUGAACAUGUGGCUGAAAUGUGUUCAUUCUAUAGUCUUAAGGAUGCUUUAGAUGCUGAUGCUGAUGAAUCUACUGAGAACAGACUGCUCCCUGCAGCCAAUAAAGUAUGGCCUUUUUUGGUUGCUUGUAUUCGAAAUAAGAGUCCAUUGGCUGUUCGAAGAUGUGCGCAUACAAUUAGUAAUAUUGUGCAAAUAUGUGGAGGUGACUUCUUUACUCGGCGUUUCCAUACAGAUGGGAAACACUUCUGGAGCCUUUUAAGUACUUCACCAUUUCAAAAGAGAGCUCCACAUUUAGAGGAGGCUCACUUGAGGCUUCCAUACCGAGGUGAUUCUGCAUCUUCAGGAGAUCCGGUAGCUGAGAUUUCUGAUCUAAAAGUCCAGGCUGCAGUGCUCAGCAUGCUUGCGGAUCUGGCUCGGAAUAAACAUAGUGCUUCAGCACUGGAAGCAGUUCUGAAGAAGGUCAGCGGUCUCGUUGUUGGGAUAGCAUGUAGCGGUGUUGUAGGCCUUCGAGAUGCAUCUGUGAAUGCCCUUGCUGGACUUGCUUCAGUCGAUCCUGAUCUUAUUUGGCUCCUUCUAGCUGAUGUUUAUUACUCGAAGAAGAGAGAGACACCUAUGCCUCCUACAACAGUAGAGUUUUUAGAGAUACCUCAAAUUUUACCUCCACCUUUGUCCUCCAAAGGUUACCUUUAUUUGCAGUAUGGAGGGAAUAGUUACGGUUUUGACAUUGAUUUUACUUCUGUCGAGACUGUGUUUAGAACACUACAUUCCCAGGUUUUCAGUUCACAAAUGUACAGCAAUCUGCACUCUCGAAAGAUCCAUCGUAACAGGAAGAAGAGUAGCAAAGGGGUGUUUUCAGUCAAGUCAUGCUAUAGAUAUCACGAAAAGAAUUACACUUGAAGCCUUGGCCCUGGAAGCAGAUCUGGAAAACAAAAGCUCCAUAAAAAGUGGCAUGCUUUUCUUGGAUAGUAGCCAAAGAGGCUUGCCAGCUCAUGAUAAUCUUCAGAAGAGAGGAAUGAGGUAAUGCAGUAGAUUUAACCUUUGUGGAUUACUGAGGCUCCCAACUACUUGUUUUUGCUCUGCUCUGUCACAUCAAAUGUGCCAAUUGUUAUUGAAGUUUGCUGGCACCAAAUGGGCCAUUCCUGGGACAAACAUUGCCCGUUUGAGAUGUUGGCAAGGAAAAAUGAAGAACUAAGUGGUGGUACACAGCUCCUGCAUGCAUUCUGGUGGACUGUUUGAUGUGAAAGAAAUGCUAGAUGCUUUGAAGAUUAAGUUCAACUCUAUCCAAAAUAUCAAGUUCAAGUGUACUUUGUCCUUUUAGUUUUUGGUGUAAAGAGGAACUUGUAGAAGAAACAGAUUCAAUACUUGGUUCCAUCACUCCAUGGUUAGAAGAGAGAUAUGACUUUGGAUUUUGCUCACUCUGUACAGAUUUGCAGCGCUUAACUUAGUGCUGCUUUUGUGAAUAAUAUUUGUUACCUUUUCGAGAGCAAAAGAGAGUCAUGAUGCGUUUUACUUUUAAUUUAGUGAUACCACUAGUAUCUUGCCCAUGCCAA